AUGCCCUUCGAGCUGCUUGGAGAUGUCCCAGUAUUGGCGCACAAGGAACAGACUUCGAAUCAGGAGAACGACACCCAAGUCGUCAUCCGUGUCACCGAUGAAGGAUUCAACCUCAAGGCCUCAAUGGACGUCACUUUUGGCCGUCGCUUCCGGACGGACCAGUUUCGGGAAUGCAUGGUAACCCUCUCCUAG